CUGAAAGGAAGUAAAGAAAACUUGUUACAAAACUGCUAUAAUGGCGGUACUACAAGCGAUAUUCUUGGGCCAGAAACUGACGAUCCUGGUGAUGGUUUGGGCCCAUUACCACCAAAGUGGGAGACAGCUUAUACUGAACGUGGUGAAUUAUAUUUCAUCGAUCACAACACUGGCACCUCACAUUGGCUCGAUCCGCGACUGUCUAAAUUCCAGAAGAAGUCGCUUGAAGACUGUGGGGACCAUGAACUGCCUUACGGUUGGGAAAAAAUCGAAGAUUCUCUCUAUGGCACUUAUUAUAUAGAUCAUGUCAAUCGACGCACUCAAUAUGAAAAUCCCGUAUUGGAAGCUAAACGGCGAGCAGCUGAGCAGAAACAAAAACAGCAAAAUCAACCGCCACCGCCAGCGCACACCCAUUCACAAAACCAGCAAGUAGCCAGCAAAUUACAGCAGUCGCCGCCACCUAACCAGCAGUUGCAACAACGAUCGCAAACACCUUCAACUCAAUUGCCGUCUUCAAACUUAAAUGGUAGCAAUGCGAUUGGUGGUAAUGAUGUCGAUCGGGUCACUACGGUGGGUAUCAGUAUGGUAGAUGUAGCGCAACGUGGCAUGCAACCACCUCCACCCAAUGCGAGUUUACCAACGCCACCAACGGCAAUGUUGCCAUACAAGUUCACGCGAAAUCCCAGCGAGAUGCAGGGCGAACGUAUCACAGCGUCGCUGAUAAAGUCAGCGCGUGGCCUGGGCAUUACUAUAGUGGGCGGUGAUGACGGUGCCGAGGAGUUCCUGCAAAUCAAAUCAAUUGUACCACACGGACCGGCGUGGCUGGACGGCCAGUUGCAAACCGGCGACGUGCUGGUAUAUGUGAAUGAUACUUGUGUGCUCGGAUUUACUCACCACGAAAUGGUCAACAUUUUCCAAUCCAUUUUGCCGGGAGAAACCGUUACUUUAGAAGUAUGUCGCGGCUAUCCUUUGCCAUUCGAUCCCAAUGACCCGAACACAGAAGUGGUCACGACUAUAGCUGUGGACGGCAUGAGUGUUGCAGCGACAGACAAACAGCGACGGAUGUUGCUGGAUCUGCACAUGGAUGGAAAUUACAAUUUUCUUGAUAAUAGUGGUGGAGGGGAGGGCGCUUCAAAAGCCCAUUCGUACAAUCACAUACGUAGUCAGCACUCACCUGCCUCUGGCGGCUUGAAUGAUGGCUUCAUAUUAAUGAAAAAGCCAGAGCCCCAAGUGCAUACGUUUGCCAUUGUAAAGGGAUCCAUGGGGUUCGGCUUUACCAUUGCCGACUCCGCUUACGGACAGAAGGUGAAGAAGAUCCUUGACUACAAUUCUUGCACUCAACUGCAAGAAGGCGAUGUUCUAUUCGAGAUCAACGGCGUCGAUGUGCGCCAACAGAGUCAUCUCGAAGUUGUGCAAAUACUGAAGGAUUGCUCGAAAACCGAACCUACCAAUGUCAAAAUUCAACGUGGCGGUCCAUCCAACAACAGUGCCAGUGCGUCGCCAUCCGGCGCCAUAUAUAGUACCGUUACAAGUAACCCACCACCUACCAGCACCUCAAAUAGUAACCAAGGGAAUGUCGCAAAACUACGUAAAAACUUCACUUCGGCACUAUUUCGCAGCAAGACACCGACCGCAGAUCUCUACAGCACUCAGCAAAAGGAGAUUCUACCGGUACGCCCUAAAACGCCAUUGGUAGAUACGCGGCGCACACGAGCGCAGACACCUAAUGAUGAGAUCCAACAUGGUAAAGAUAUCAACGAUGGCACUUCUUUGGGAAAAGACGAUGGUAGAUUGUCUACAAGUAAAACCCAAUUGGAGUCGGGUACACUCAAAUCAACAAGUAGUCUUCAAGAGAUCGAAGCAAUCAGUCAAGAGAUACCGUUUUUGGAUCCGUACCCGAAAUUAGUCACCAGUCUUAGUGAGAGAUUGGCUGGAGCAUCGCUUCUCUCAGAAAUUACCGGAAAUACUGGCUCUAAUGGUGUUAGUGCAGGCUACCACCACUCCGGGGGACUCUCACUGCCGCCCAGUGUUGUUGACUCAAUGCGUUACGAUCACCAAGAGUACGUAACAGCUGGCGUGCGUGGUGGCAAUGUGAUCUACGGCAUUUCACCACAUCCUUCCAGUAUGAAUAAUUUCUAUGCGACGCAACAGUUGCCCACACCUCCUCAUCUGAAUAUAUCUGCUAGCAGCUAUUCGCCAUCCACAUCGCUCAGUCUGACAACAACUUCUGCCACACAGCAUCAUCAUCCACUCCAAUUGCCGCCACCACCACCGCCUCAUCCACACCCCCACAUAUCACAGUACUCGCCCGUACCGUUGCAUGCUACAACACCUCUGCAGGCGGCACACAUACAAAAUGAACGUAUGCAGAAGCGUGUAAAUGAGCUUUUAAGCGAUCGUCGUCGUGUUGGCUUUUCCGCGCUCGAUGUACUGCAAGCGCAAAAGCAUCCGCCUGCGAUGUAUGGUCAUCACCAACUGCUGCAACAGCCUCCAAUGAACCAGCAACAUUCUCCUGCUGUUAGCAGCGUUUCGCAACAAGCACCGCUCUCCUGGCUGGGAGCUGGAGUUUACCCUAACACAUCACAAGCAUCUCCUGGUGGUAAUUUGCCGUACAUGCAACGUAACGGUGGUGCGCUGGAUACUCGGGAUGAGUUGUCUACGGAUCAGUAUGAGCUAAGCGAGGUUACACUGGAGCGGCAGGCCCUAGGCUUUGGGUUCCGCAUUGUCGGCGGCACAGAAGAGGGCUCACAAGUGACAGUGGGUCACGUUGUGCCAGGCGGAGCUGCGGAUAAUGAUCACCGUAUUAAUACUGGCGAUGAGAUACUCAGCAUAGAUGGAAUCAAUGUGGUAAAUUCGUCGCAUCACAAAGUGGUUUCACUGAUGGGCGAGGCGGCACUGCGCGGUCAAGUAACGAUGAUAUUACGUCGUCGAUUAAUAUUAUCACAGCAGCCGCACCUGAUGCAUACACAACAGCACCAACAACAACAACAGUUGCCCUUGCCCUUGGCGCCGCCGACGGCGUUAGCUGUGCCUUUACGAAGCGCGUUUCGCUACCCAUAUGACGUAAUAGUUGGCCGACAUGAGUCCGAAGGCUUCGGUUUUGUAAUAAUUUCAUCUUCGAAUCAGUUUUAUGGUUCCACAAUCGGCAAAUUGAUACCUGGCAGUCCUGCCGAUCGCUGUGGUGAAUUAAAAGUAGGUGAUCGUAUUAUCGCUGUGAACCGCAUUGAUAUUGCCGGCAUGUCACAUGGUGAUGUGGUCAAUCUCAUAAAGGAAUCCGGUCUCCAUGUACGUCUUACAAUCGGUUGCCCGAAAGACACAUUGCAGACACCAACAACUACUGGCGGCACAUCGACAUCAGCUCUACUCACCAACUCUGCACAAGUGUCACCAGGUCAGCUAUCUCAAACACAACUCUUGUAUACACCUUUAGCAACACAACAACAUAAACCACGCACAUCGCCAAACUUUUUGCCCAGCAACGAUGGCAGUGGUCCUUCCUACUUUGUUGAAAACCCUAGAACAAGUGCGGCAGCUAUCUUACCGCAACAAUCUCCACAACUACAACAGCAACAACAUCAUCAACAGCAGCAACAGCAGUUAGCACAACAUUUAUGACUUUGAGACUUUCAAAUAAGACUCUAUAAAAGCUUCCUUUAACGUAGGAACGCUGUUUAUGCACACAUAAAAAAUACGAAUGACAUUUCUUAGGUGAAUCGGAUUUAUUAACCGACUACAAAAAGGAAGAUUUUAUCAAUUCCUCGGAAUAUUUAUGUUUUUGUAUGUAUGUUGCCUGAUAACUUUGGGCCACGUGAACCGUCUUUGGUUCAAUUCCAUACACCGGAUCAUGAAAAAAUUAACUGUACCCUUAAAUUUCUAUAUGAACAUUGAAGCUGUUUUUUUUUUUGGCUUAAAAGUUACUUGUUUAUGAUAAACAUUUGUAUGCAGGCAAGGCACUUGAAACAGGUAAUAACUGUACUCCUAAAUUUUUAUAUGAUGCUUAAAAAUUACAUAUACUUACUUAUAUAUACAUGUACGCGAAUCAGAGUCCUAUGGAAAAAUGAUGUAAAUUUUUAUUGCGUUUCUAAUAUGAAAUAUCCCGGUUCACAGUGCGGCCAAAAUUCGAAACUUUGAAGAAAUGAUUCGAAAUUUCGUACAAGGGGGUUUUCGGGGUCACUUCCCAAUAAUCAUUAAGGUGAACGUUCGAAAAUGGCCUUCGAUAUCCAAUAUGCAUAUCGAACUUAGAACGAAAACCAACUUCAGUUUUCCAAUACACUCGAGAUGGGUUCGAAAAAAUGGAAACCAUGGUAACAAGGGAGAAAGUGAAAUCCAGCUAAUUCUCGAAGGGAAAUAUAACACAAUCACUCUCUCUCAUUAAAAUUUCAAUCCGAGAAUGGGCUGGACUUCGGAUCCAUAACUUGAGACUCGAAAAAAUAUUCCUUUUCCAAUCAUUUUCGAAUUGCUGACCAAACCCAAUGUUUAUGGGGUUAUUACAAAUCCGCUGUCAGAAUUGCGAAAUUCCAAAUGGCGGAUCCAGUAUGGCGUCUGGUAAAUUUCAAGCUUUUUAAUUAGAUUUCUUAGAACGAUUUGAGUAUAAAGUUUUAUAACCCACAAAAUUUUAGUGUCACAAAGUGCCAGGUUGAAGUAGCUAGGUAUUUCCGUUAAUUUUUGUGUUUUUUUUUUUUUUGUUGACGGUGCCAUUCAUUUUCUUCCAUACGAAAUAUGUUC